CGACGUUUAGCCAGCAGCGGCAGCUGAGCAUCAGAGGCUGAUCCUCCUCUGUGUCAGGGAGGCGUGCUGCGUGUGUUGUCACAGAUCCACGAAACGCUGCUCGUGUUUUAUUUCCUGCCCAACUCUCGGCGGGAUAAAAAGCUCUCGGGCUCAGACCCAACAUGGGUUAGAAAGAAAGCCACCUAUGGAUUAUCCACUUUGCGCACUUCAGCGAGGAUGAUGGGGGGGAGAGAAUGGACUUGUUUUCGCAGAGACAUCCUGACAAAGACGGGGACUGAGAGGGACUAGAAACCGGGACUCGCUGCUUCUCGGUGUCUCGCUUUGCAUCUUUUUAAUUUUCUUUAUUUUUUCUCAUUUCCCAGUUUGUUUAGUUUUGUUUUUGUUAGUAUUUCCCCGCGCGCGUGCGAGGCAGAAAUGUUUGCAGAAUUGCUGUGCGGCGCCGUGGCUCUGGUCCUGUAUGUCAACACUCUGGGCGCCGAUUUCUGCUACGAUGACAGCCGUGCAAUUAAGACCAAUCAGGACCUGCUUCCAGAGACGCCCUGGACAAACAUCUUCUACGAUGAUUUCUGGGGCACCUUACUCACACACAGCGGCAGCCAUAAGUCUUACCGACCCCUGUGUACCCUCUCCUUCCGCCUUAAUCAUGCUGUGGGUGGGCUGGAGCCUUGGGGUUACCACCUGGUUAAUGUGGUCCUCCAUGGGGCUGUGACAGGCCUGUUUACCUCACUCGCUCGCCUGCUGCUCGGAGGAGGACUGUGGAGCAUACUGGCUGGCUUGCUCUUCGCCUCUCACCCAAUUCACACCGAGGCAGUGGCAGGUGUAGUCGGCCGAGCCGAUGAAGGUGCCGCCCUUUUCUUCUUGCUGUCCCUGCUGUGUUACAUACGUCACUGUAGGCUGCGGGGGCGUGCUGGGUCCUGGCGAAUCGUGGCCUGGUUCCUUGGUAGCUUGGGUUGCGCCGCCUGCAGCAUGCUCUGGAAGGAGCUCGGAGUUACUGUUCUGGCUGUAUCAGCGCUGUAUGACGUCUGCGUUUUCCACAGGCUCAAACUGCGACAGAUCAUUGUGCUCCUUUACAAGAGAAAGAACGCCCACCUGCUGCUGAACGUGUUUCUGCUGGCAGCGUGGGGAUUCUUCCUAUUGGCCUGUCGCUUCUACUGGAUGGGCAACAAACCUCCAAACUUCUCCAACUCUGACAACCCAGCGGCUGACUCGCCCUCGCUCAUCACCAGGACCCUGACCUUCUUCUACCUUCCUGCUGUUAACUUCUGGCUCCUCCUCUGCCCAGACACACUAAGUUUCGAUUGGUCGAUGGAUGCCGUGCCUCUGAUCAGGAGCCUUGCUGACUGGAGGAACUUUCAUACAGUUGUCUUCUAUUCUGGUCUGUUGUUGCUAGCUUGGUUCGGCUUGUGGACACAUCGUGCACCGAGGGGAAAGGACACUAAUGGCAAAGUGCAUCAUUACACCAAUGGCAGAAAUGGGAGCAGUAAUGGGCACAGUUACAGUUAUAAUGAUUAUGAGCACGUGAACAAUUCCAAUACGGAUGCUCACAUAAAUAAUACGCAAAAUGGGACCAAAAAGCACUAUGAGAGCAGGACUCUGCUACCUACCACUGAAAAUGUUGUGGUGUUCUCACUGGGCCUCUUGGCUAUCCCUUUCCUACCUGCCACAAACUUGUUUUUCUAUGUGGGAUUUGUGAUAGCCGAGCGAGUACUGUACAUCCCGAGUAUGGGCUUUUGCCUGCUGGUUGCAGUGGGGAUCAGGUCCCUCUACAUCCGACUACGCCGCAGAUCAUCCAGAACAAUGUUGGUGUACUCCAGCGCAGCCCUGGUUCUAUUUUUUGGUGUCAAAACAGUUUUGAGGAACCAGGACUGGCAAAAUGAAGAAAUGCUCUACAAGUCAGGGAUUUAUGUCAAUCCUGCUAAAGCAUGGGGCAACCUUGGAAAUGUCUUGAAGAGCCAGGGAAAGAUGGAGGGGGCGGAGCAGGCUUACAGAAAUGCCCUGUAUUACCGCAGCAACAUGGCUGACAUGCUCUAUAACCUUGGUUUGCUGCUACAGGAGAGCAACAAGUUCUCAGAGGCACUUCACUACUAUAAGCUGGCCAUUGGGAGCCGGCCAACUCUGGCUUCAGCCUACUUGAACACAGGCAUCAUCCUGAUGAAUCAGGGUCGCCUAGAUGAGGCCAAACGCACUUUCCUGACCUGUGCUGAUAUCCCAGAUGAGAAUUUGAAGGACCCUCACGCCCACAAGAGCUCAGUCACAAGCUGCCUGUACAACCUGGGCAAGCUGCUCCACGAACAGGGACACCAGGAGGAGGCCCUCUCUGUGUUUAAAGAAGCGAUACAGAAAAUGCCGCGACAGUUUGCACCGCAGAGCCUCUACAACAUGAUGGGAGAGGCCUACAUUAGACUGAAUAAGCUGACUGAGGCUGAGUUUUGGUACAGAGAAUCGCUGCGAGCCAAGCCAGACCACAUUCCUGCACAUCUCACUUAUGGGAAACUUCUCGCAAUGACGGGGCAGAAAACAGAAGCGGAGAGGUACUUCCUCAAGGCCAUCCAACUCGAUCCCACAAAAGGCAACUGCUACAUGCAUUAUGGUAAGCACGGAUAUAUGUUUCUCUUCCAGUCUGACUCACACCAGAUUUCUUUUUACAUUUCAAAUAUUUGAUUUGGAAAUUUCACGCAUACAUGCUGCACUUGUGCACCUUAGCCGGUUGUUUGUACAACAGAGUUGGCUGACCCUUCUGCCAUUUCUGUUUUUAUUCUUUUUGAUUAGUGGAGAGUCACAGGAAGCAGGGUUGAUUUCCUUAGAUUGUUCACUGAUUUGAUGGGUGUACAGAACGUGACAAUUUUAGCAUAUGCCUCUUCUCAAGCUUUCCAUUAAUCAGCAGUAUUACCUCCUGGAUUUAAUUUCUUUCAUAGUACCUUUGAGUUUGUAAAAGCAUUUAAAGCCUUGUCUUUGUGAUCACCAGGUCGCAAGUGACAUUUAAGGAAAUUGGUUAAUGGUGGAUUUUUGCAUUUUGUUGAGUACUGUGUGUGUAGGUUAAUUAUCCAGCCAAUCAGGAUAUGGAUUGCAUUGAUCCGAGCACAGAGACGGUGUUAUUUCAAGAAAUUACUAAACGGUACUAAUAAUAAAGGAGAUAUAAUAUCCAUAUGGAACA